AUGGCGGCGCUGCUGGAGCACGAGAGCCAGAUCUUCCUGGAGCUCUUCCACCGCGACGGGCUCGUCGUGUGCGCCCGCGGGCUCGGCAUCGACCGCCUGCUGCUGCGCUUCCUGCGCCUCUACUGCGAGCCCGCCAGCCUGGUGCUCGUGCUCAACACCAGCCCCGCCGAGGAGGAGUAUUUUAUUGAUCAGCUGAGGUCAGAUGGAGUUGUUCAUCUCCCUCGACGUGUUACCAAUGAAAUUCCAAAUAAUACUCGAUAUGAAUUUUAUACACAAGGAGGAGUCAUCUUUGCAACCAGUCGGAUCCUUGUGGUAGAUUUCCUUACUGACAGAAUCCCUGCCAAUCUCAUUACUGGCAUUUUGGUGUACAAAGCACACAGAAUCAUUGAGUCCUGUCAGGAAGCGUUCAUCUUGCGACUUUAUCGCCAGAAGAACAAGCAAGGCUUCAUUAAAGCUUUUACAGAUAAUGCAGUUGCAUUUAACACUGGCUUUUGUCAAGUGGAAAGAGUGAUGAAGAAUCUUUUUGUUGGGAAGCUUUAUCUGUGGCCAAGAUUUCACAUAGCAGUGCACUCGUUUUUAGAGAAGCAUAAACCUGAAGUGGUGGAAAUCCACGUGGCAAUGACCCCUGCUAUGCUUGCCAUCCAGACUGCAAUCCUGGACAUUCUGAAUGCAUGUCUGAAGGAACUGAAACGUUACAACCCAGCUCUUGAAGUAGAAGAUCUGUCUUUAGAGAAUGCUAUUGCUAAACCUUUUGACAAGACAAUCCGCCACUAUUUAGAUCCUCUCUGGCAUCAGCUCGGAGCUAAGACAAAGUCUUUGGUGCAGGAUCUGAAGAUCCUACGUACUUUGCUACUGUAUCUAACCCAGUAUGAUUGUGUCACUUUCCUUAAUCUCCUGGAGUCACUGAAAGCAAGUGAAAAAGCUUUUGGUGAGAAUUCAGGCUGGCUGUUCCUUGACUCCAGUACUUCAAUGUUUGUGAAUGCUCGAGCUCGAGUUUAUCGCAUUGCAGAUGAGAAACUGAAUCAGAAAGGCAAAGGCUCAGGCUCUGAAAAACGUGAUGUAAAGAAGGAAAAUGAACUGAAAAGGGAAUUGGUUCUAGAAAGUAACCCAAAAUGGGAAGCUUUGAGAGAAGUACUGAAAGAGAUUGAAAAUGAGAAUAAGAACAGUGACAACCUUGGCGGUCCAGGGCAAGUGCUCAUUUGUGCCAGUGAUGACCGAGCCUGUGCACAGCUCAGGGAGUGUAUUAUUACUGGAGCAGAAGCUUUUCUAACAAGACUUUAUAACAAAACCUUCGGAAAGGACGAGAAAGCUGGAGAAGUGUGGAUUAAGGACAGAAACGCCACAAAGUCCAAAGGAAAUGCCAAACCAGACACAGGGCCUCAAGCCAAAAAAGCCAAGCUGACAGCUUCUUCAAAACAAAAUAAACAGAAGAAGCAGCAAGACCGGACUCUAAUCCAAAUGAUAGGGAAAACUGAGGAGGAAAAGAGAGAAGAGGUCGAGGUGGAAGACAACAAAGAAUUAAGUGGUAGCCAAGAAGGCAACACUGAAGAGACCAUUCCUGAAGAUUUUGAUUUCAGCUUGCCCUCAGAUUGUUACUAUGGGAUUUUCAAGGACCCACUGACAAUUAUCCACCCGCUGCAGGGCUGUGGGGAUCCCUACGCACUCACUCGGGUGCUGCACGAAGUAGAACCCAGAUAUGUUGUGCUGUAUGAUGCAGAACUCACUUUUGUUCGGCAGCUGGAAAUCUACAAGGCAAGCAGGCCUGGGAAGCCUUUGAGAGUUUAUUUCCUCAUAUAUGGGGGCUCCACAGAAGAGCAGCGCUACCUCACAGCUCUGAGGAAGGAGAAGGAGGCCUUCGAAAAACUCAUUCGAGAGAAGGCCAGCAUGGUUGUUCCUGAAGAAAGAGAAGGAAGAGAUGAAACAAACUUAGAUCUCCUCAGAGACGCCAGACCUGCCUCUGUCUCUGCUGACACACGCAAAGCAGGUGGACAGGAACAGAAGGGUGUCCAGCAAACCAUAAUCGUGGAUAUGCGGGAAUUCCGUAGCGAGCUUCCAUCCCUGAUCCAUCGCCGUGGCAUCGACAUCGAGCCCGUGACUUUGGAAGUUGGGGAUUAUAUUCUAACCCCUGACGUCUGCGUGGAGCGCAAGAGCGUCAGCGAUCUGAUCGGGUCCCUGAACAACGGCAGGCUGUACGCGCAGUGCGUGGCCAUGUGCCGCUACUACAAGCGGCCGGUGCUCCUCAUCGAGUUUGAUCCUAACAAACCCUUCUCCUUGAUCCCACGAGGCUCUUUACAGCCAGAAAUUUCCAGCAAUGAUGUUACUUCUAAACUGACCCUUCUCACGCUGCACUUCCCAAAGUUGCGAAUCCUGUGGUGUCCCUCUCCCCACGCUACUGCUGAAGUCUUUGAAGAGUUGAAACAAAACCAUCCCCAACCCGACGCAGAAAAGGCGAUGGCCGUCACCGCAGACUCCGAAAUUCUCCCCGAGUCAGACAAGUACAACCCUGGGCCUCAGGACUUCCUGCUGAAAAUGCCAGGGGUUAAUGCAAAGAACUGCCGUGCCUUAAUGACCCACGUUAAAAGCAUUGCAGAGCUGGUGACGCUGUCCAAGGACGAGCUGGCCAAGAUUUUGGGUAAUGCUGCCAAUGCCACACAACUCUUCGACUUUAUUCACCUGACCUAUGCAGAGGCACUAGCCAAAGGAAAAAGCAAAAAAUGACUCAUGAGAUUGUUCAACACACAGCACAGAUAAGCUUUGCUGGCACAGUACUUUGGCAAAUACAUGAAAUAUUUUAAUAAAUGCCCCCUCUAAGAUAACCAGCUGUUUCUUGCUCAUGCUAUUCCAUCAGUUUUAAUAUGUGAGUUAAUUAUUACUAAAGGCAAGUUUCAAGAGGAAAAAAUAUUUUUAAUAGAGAAAUAUGAAUUAUUUUUAUUCUUUUUAAAGCACUUUAACCAAUUCUAUAAUAUCACUGAAUUAACUAAAUUUCUAACUGAAAUUAGAAAUUUCAGUUAGAAAACUGAAAUAAAUUUCUAAUUGAAUUAACUAACUUUCACCAAGACCAUAAGAAUUAAGUGCUAAGACUAACUGAUAAAGGUGUUUUCUUGUGAAAGUUAUGAUGUCUUGUUCAAGCUAAAAAUGUGCUGUGUUUUGAUUAGUCUGGCUGACCUGCUGCAUGAUACAACACUGCUUUUGCCAUUUUUAAUGUCUCAUUCUCUGGCAACUGCCACUUUUUGAUUGACAGUGAUGAAGCUAUUUGAAACACGUUGUGGUCUUUGCUCAGGAGUUUAUUUAGACUAUACUGGGACUGAAUCCUGAAUUUUAGAACAUGACCAUAAGCCUUUGUCACAGUAAAAUCCAUUUGUAUGCUAUGCUCUGCAUUUUGCUUGCUUACCCUACUACCAAUUACACUUUUUACCAUUACAAAGCCGGUACAGCUCUGUCCUGCUAGAUUUUACAAAGU